UGAAUUUCCAGCAUCUGCAGAAUUCCUGUUGUUUGCAUAUAUAUUUAAUUGUCCUUAAAAUGAUUAGUUAUGGAACCAGACAUUGGAGUUUUAUAAACUGAAGAGAUCAGAGCUGAGAACUUGUGUACAGUGCAUAUCAUUAAUGUUCUUUAAGUUGUAUGGGUGAUUCAUCCAGUUUCUUCAAUAGGAAGCCUUAAAUGUUUAAUCAGAGUAUUUAUUGAAACAUUGUGUUGGUCGUUGAGCUCGGGGCAGAGUUGAGCAUGCAUCCAUGCUCAUGGUAAUUAGUUGAUUGCAUGACAAAGAAAUGCAAUUUAAUCAGAGCCUGUUUUCUAAAGGUUUUUAUGCCUAGUGCUCACAGUAUUCUAGAUGUAGUCUGACCAUUGCUUUAUAAAAUCUAUUACAUCUUGCUUUUGUAUUCUAGUCCUCUCAAAAUGAAUGCUAACAUUGCAUCUGCCUUCCUUAACCUUUAGGGAACCCUACAACAUCAUCAUUAUGCGCCACACUGUAUCACGUGGGCAAUCAUGCCUUAUGACCAUGAUUGUUCAGGGUAAACUUUUCUACAGAAGUGGUUUGCCAUUGUUUUUUUCUGGGCAGUGUCUUUACAAGACAGGUAACCCCAGCCAUUAUCAAUACUCCUCAGGGAUACCCGGUGUCAGUAGUCACAUAACCAAGACUUGUGAUAUGUACUAGCUGCUCAUACUGUCAGGGUGUAUUCUGGAGUUAUGGUAUAUAGCAAAUACUAAUUUCAACAGCAGCCAGUCUUCAGACCUGAAUGUGGACUGUAGAUUGUUCAUUGUUCAGAGCUGCACUUUAAAUUCAAUGAUAUUCCUGGAGCUGCAGUUUGGGAUUGACUGCAAACAAAUAAACACUCUAUUUGAACUCAGGUGCCUGUAUGUGCAUGAAUACAGCCCACAGUCAGUGGGAAUUAACAUUCAUUUUGGGUGGUUGGAACGUAGGUGUGAAGAUAGAGGAAUCUGAAAAUUAUAUGUAAUUCAAAGGAAGCAUUGUAGAUACAUAGUAACUACAGAAUUGUCCUGCUGUUACUUUUACUACUACUACUACUACUACAUAGUACCUUUGAUCUUUAGCAUAUAAAAAUAUCAUGUAAUAUUGGGUCAGGCAGACCUCUUCUUCCAAAAAUGUCUCAAGUGUGAUGCCUACUGUUUGUUUUGCUGAAUAACUUCUCUAUCUGCUAGCAUCAUUGCCUCUCCAGUGACUUUGUUCAGUCACAAGCCAUGGGAGCAGGUGGUGGAUGAUUGUAUUGUUGUGACUGUGAAUAAAGUCACUGGAGAGGCACUGACGCUAGUGGAUUAUAGAAGCAUUAAUUCAGCAAAGGUGAGGGGACUAAUCAGGUGCUACACCUUUCCCAAAGGUGACCUGAAGGCUAGCCGAGGAAAGGAGUGCCUUACACCUCCUUUGGCAGAGAUGUAUCUCCACCCCACCACCCAAAUCCUACACCAGGACUCCCAAAUCCCUUUGCACUUCAGAUUUUUGUAUUCAAUUCUGAGAUUGUUUCUACCUGCAGUGAAUGCUGCAAGUCUGGAAGAAAGUCGGUAAAGAACGGACAGGAGUGGAAAAAUCACAGCAAUGUUCUGUUGGAAUAGAACAGUACAGCAUCAGGAACAGGCAUCUCACCCCACAACGUCCAUGCCAGUUUAAACAACAAAUCUGCCUGCACAUGAUCUGCAUCCCAGCAUUGCCUCCCAGUUCAUUCACCUGUCUACAUACCUGUUAAUCACUGCUAUCUUAUCAAAGAAUGGCUCUCUGAAGAGAGGUCAAGGCCAGAAAGAGCAGUCUAGACAGAUUAUAGACAGGGGGGGAAAGGGUUUGCAGUCUUGGGAUAGAGAAAUGGGCACGGAGGCGGCAGAAGAAAGGAACAACGUCAGAUCGGGGCUCAGAUGGGAUUAGGGCAAUUCGGAGUGAUCAAUGCUGAACUUGACAGUGAAGCCCAGAUAUCCGGCAAUACUGGGAAAUGAGCGGCCACGGAGUCGCCUUGUGAGUGGAAGGACAGGCUGAUCCCGAUGUGCGGCGAAGACCUGGUGAAACAUUCCCCGAAGACGAGGGUAAGAACAGGUACUGAUCCAGCAUUAGUUGGUCCGUCCGCAGUGAGGGUGCUGCCGGCGCCGGCUCCGCCUCCGCCCCGCCGCUGCCAAUCGCCUGAGCCCGGGAUGAGGCCACUCAGCCGCGGUCCCACUCCCGACAACGCCAUGGCUUCCCCCGGGCGGCUGCUCGAGCGCAUCUUCUGCUUCUACUUCGUCACUCACAUCCCCAUCACCCUGGCUAUCGACCUGCAGGCCCUGUUACCCCGCUGGAUGUUCCCGGCUGCGUUGCAAGGCUUAGUAAAGUGGUAUGCAGUUCAGUUCAGAGACCCAAUGAUGAUGGAUCCACCAACAUGGUUCAAUACAUUCGUUCUUUGUGAAGCAUUGCUACAGUUGCCUUUCUUUCCUGUUGCAGCUUAUGCUUUCUACAAAGGAAGUUGUCCAUGGAUCAGAAUACCAGCCAUCGUGUACUCCACACAUGUGGCUACAACAGUCAUUUCAAUCCUUGGACAUAUUCUGUUUAACGAUUUCUCAAAAUCAACAUAUCCAGGACCAAAUACUCUCUCAGAGCGUUUAUCACUCUUAGCUAUAUAUAGUCCCUAUUUACUCAUCCCCGUUAUGAUUCUGCUAACAAUGCUUUACAGCCAACGGUAUAAUUCCUUCAAUGAAAAGAAGAGGCAAUAACAGUUUCCACAACCAUUCAGAGAAUCAUUUUCCAUUUUCCCAGUGAAAUUCGGGCCAUCACUACUUUAUAAUUUUACUUAAUUACAACACAAAGUCUUCAAGCAAUUUUACUACAGAAUUAUAUGUCAGAGUGGAUUAGGAUAUUCAUUAAAAAAAACUUCUUUCAUGAAAGAGCAGCCCCCUUUUUAAUAGCACUUUCAGGUAAAGUUAUCAGCCCAAGGAUCACAACAAUAGACUGGCUUAUAAAUAAGGUGCAGAUGUGUGGGAAGUCUAAAAUAAAAGCAGAAAAUCCUAGAGAUGCCCUGCAGUCCAGACAACAUCUAUGGAAAGAGAAACAGAGUGAAUGUUUCAGAGUUCAAAGUAAAUUUAUUAUCAAAGUAUAUAUAUAUAUAAUCAAUGAAAGACCACACCAACAGAGCAGACAACCAAUGUGCAAAAGGCAAUAAACUCUGCAAAUACAAAAAAAAAGAAAAAAUGAAAUAAUAAAUAAACAAGUAAGCAAUAACUAUUGAGAACAUAUGAUGAAGACUCCUUGAAAAGGAGUCUAUAGGUUGUGGGAACAGUUCAGUGAUGGGGGCGAGUGAAGUUAUCCCCUUUGGUUCAAGAGCCUGAUGGUUGAGGGACAAUACCACUUCCUGAACCUGGUGGUGUGCCUCCUGAGGCUCCUGUAACUUCUCUCUGAUGGCAGCAAGUUGGAGACCCUUAAUCAGAACUGGGAGAGAGAGAAAUCAAAAUGGUGAUUCUAAGAUACAAGAAAGGGGGCUGGAAGGGAUGGACAGGACAAAGAAAAUAACUGAUAAAGUGAAGUCAGAUCAAAAAGGGGAAGGUAAUGAUAAUUUUUGCCUGGGUUUCUGUCACUGGCGGGACAGUAAUAUCUGCACAGCAGAUCAGGUUUUAACAACUGAUAGAGAAAUUCAAACUAAUUCUGCUGUAAUUUAUAUAUUUGUGAUAUUGACUGUGUUUUUCUUUCUUUACUAAUGUGACCUGAGAUGUUGGGCAGCCUUGUAUUCACAACACAUAACACAAAGGCUAAUCACCUAGAUACCCCUUCAACCAUUUGACCGCGUCUACCCCAAAUAUCUCCUUUGUCCGGGCCCUCUUGUCUGUCACAGUAGCACGGUGAUUACCACAUUGUUUUACAGCGCCAGCACUAGCAAUCACGAAUCGAGGUUCAAUUCCUACUGCCGUCGGUAAGCAGUGUGUCCCUUCCCUUUGUGGCCGUGUGGGAUUCCUCCGGGUGCUCCAGUGUCCUUCCACAUUCCAGAGACGCACAAUUACGGUUAGCAAGCUGUAGGUUUGCUAUGCUGAUGCCGGAAGUGUGGCGACACUUCCCUGAAAAUGCAACUGUUUCUCUUCCCACAGGUGAUGAGUCUUUCCAGCAUUCCCUGUUAAUAAACUAACGAGAGCAGUUUUCUGCUUUGCCCUCUUUUUCCAUAACGACCUUCAGUGAUGUAUUUUUAUAAGAAAAUAAGUCUUGUAUACAAUGGGAUCAAAUGCAAAGUCAGUGGACUUUUGUCCAAUCCAUUUUCUUUUCCGUUACCUUCCUGCGCCACCACCAACCACUCUGCUUACCCUUCCAAUCCCUUUCUCUUGCUCUUUUAUUUGGAAGCAGGGAAUAACGUACAAAGUUUGCCCCUCAUCAGCUGAGCAAGUGGUCUAUCAAUGGCAAGUGGCCUCAGGGUCCACAUUGAUGGACAAAUUAAUGGCAACAGCAGUUCAAAAGUAUCAGGCUGAAGAGAGUAAUAAUCUGUGAUCUUCUAAUUUCAAGUUCAGUUGAUUGUCAUUCAGCCGUGCACAUGUACACCGCCAAACGAAACAGCAUUCCUCCGGACCAAGGUGCACAACACAGUACAUAUAACUCACACACAAUAUUACCACAAAUAGUGAGGUGUAUAUACAAGUUUAAAAGAAAACAGUGUAACGCUACUGGCACUUCAUAUAUGAUGAGACCUGUGUGUUCAGUAGUCUUACAGCUUGGGAAGAAGCUGUUUCCCACCCUAACAGUUCUUGCCCUAAUGCUAUGGCACCUCCUCCCUGGUGGUAGGGAAUCAAAGGAAUCAAAGAGAUAGCUGGAUGGAUGGGAAGGAAACAUUGUCAAUGCUAAGGGCCCUGUGUAUGCAGCAUUCCUGGUAACUAUCUCUCAUGGGUGGAAGACAGACCCCAAUGAUUCUCCCAGUAGUCCUCACAAUCCUUUGUAUGGGUUUGCAGUCAGACGGCGAUGUAGUUGGCCAGAACACUUUCGAUUGUGCUCCUGUAAAAAAUUCAUUAAAAUGGAGGUCAGGGGAAGCCUCACUCAUCUCAAUCUCCUCAGGAAGUGGAGACGCUGCUGUGUUUUCUUGAUCAAUAUUUAUCAGUGAGAUAAUAGUCCACAGUCACACUUUGGAAAGUUGGAACAACUUUCCAAAUGUCUAAAUCCUAUAGAUCAAACGGAAACAUAGUAACACACUCAGCUACAUCGAUUUACAGGAUGAUUUCCCGAAUGUUCAUGUUAGGCUCACUGGUUAGACCAUUUCUGUAGGUAUACGGGUCUUCGUAACUGUCCUCAAUUCUUGUGCCAAGUAUUGCAGAAUUGUAAGUAAAGAGAGCCAUUCAAACUCUGUCCUAAAUUGCUCUUCAGAAUGUUGACUGUUCACCUAUAACAUCUGAUUUCCUGCAUGGAUUCUCUUUUCCAUUUGGUUUUAACUGCAUGCAAUUAUGUUAGGAUCAAAAUGUUGCUGUAACUAGACAAUAGAACAGUACGUAUUCUUCAUUUAUGUAUGCAUUCACGUGAGUACACUCAGUGGCCACUUUAUUGGGUACACCUUUAUUGCUACUCAUUCAUGCAAAUAUCUAAUCAGCCAAUCAUAUGGCAGCUGCCAAAUGCAUAAAAGCAUGCAAACAUGGUCAAGAGGUUCAGUUGUUGUUCAGACCAACCAUCAGAAUUGGAAGAAGUGUCAUCUAUAUGACCUUGACUGUGGAAUGAUUGAUGGUACCACACAUGGUGGUUUGAGUAUCUCAAAAACUGCUGAUUUUCUCACACUCCAGUUCCUGGAGUUUACAGAGAAUGGCACAAAAAACAAAAACUCCAAUGAGCAGCAGUUCUGCGGGCAAAAAUGCCCUGUUAAUGAGAGGUUGGAGGAGAAUGACCAGACUGUUCAAGCUCACAUGAAGGUGACUAACUAAAAUAACUGCAGAUUACAACAUGGGUGUGUAGAAGAGCAUCUCUGAAUGCACGACAUGUCAAAGAUAGAAGUGGAUAGGCUACAGCAGCAAAAGACCAUGAACAUACUCUUAGUGGCCACUUUAUUAUGUACAGGAAAUACCUAAUAAAGUAGCCACUGAAUGUAUACACAAACUAAGUAGCUUGUCAAGUAAGUUUAUUUUGCAUUGUUACAAAUCAUUUUGGUAGAUGCACUUUCAGUAAACUUAUUUUCCUUUUAUUGAUUGAGAAAAUAUUUUGUAUUUAAUUCUAGAAUGAUGCUUUUUUCACUGUUGUGACAAGUUCCUAUGGAAUAAUCUUCAUUAAACCAGUAAAUGAUAAAUGUAAAAUAUGAUUGCAAAAUGUAAACUGCUUGAGGUACCCGGCAGGUCAGGGAGUCUCUGUGGAGGCAGAGGAAUGGUUGAUGUUUUGGGUUGAGACCCAGCAUCAGGACUGAGAGUCUUGAGGGGAAAUCGCCAGUGUAAUGGAGUAAGAGGGAGGACUGAGGCAAGGUAGAACCAGGUAAGGGUGGGGGUGAGGGAGGGUGACAGGCAGAUGGAGCCAGGUGUGGGAGAGGGGAAAGGGACCAAGUGUGAGACAGCAGCCAAUGGCUGAUAGGUGGAGACAAUAUGAGCAGAGGGAAAACAGGGUAUGAACAGCUUUGUGGACUGAAGGGCCUGUAUUGUGCUGUAUGUUUUCUAUGUAACAUUGAACUUCUCAGUUUCAAGCAUCCAAUUUCAUGUUCCUUCCUCCUGCCCAAGUUGUUUCACUCCAGCUUUCCUUACCCAGUUUCCUUCUCCCUCACCUGUUUCCACCUGCCUAUCACCGAACACGUCUCUUAUCCCUUCCACAACCGGUUCCAUCUGCCCAUCAUCUCCCACUUAACAGAUUGCAGCGUCUGCCUCUGUCCACCUUCUCCCUUCCCUCCCCCAUACCUGGCUCCAUCUGUCUGCCACCCCCUCCCCUCCUUACCUAAUUCCACCUACCACCCUCACCCUGUUUUUUAUCUUAUCUGCAUCGAAAUAUCACUACCAGCCACUUCCCAUCUCCACGCCUGCCCCUCUUGUCUCCAUCUGCCUAUCAUCCCCCUUCUCAUCAACCAGACCCUCCUCACAGGUCUUUAUUCUGGCUACCGCCCCCCUACAGUUUCAUUUGGGAUGAAGGGUCCCAUAUCCCUCUGCUUUCAUAGAUGCUGCCUGACCUGUUGAGUUCCUCUAAGUUUUUUUUAAGCUCCAGCUUUCAACUGCUUCAGUAUUUUGUGUCUCUAAUUGCACACUUUAGGUUGUUAGGUUAAGGAAAUACACUUUUAUUUAGGAAAUUUUUAAAAUAAUCAUUGCACAUAUAAAGCCAAAAUAAUUAUGAUAUUUCCAGCAGAUUAAGUAACUAAGAUCAUAUGAUUAAAAGAUCCUCCUGUUAUUUAUUUAUGGGAAGGAAGCAACACAGGCAAUGAUUGCCUUUAUAUUAUACCCUUAAUUGCUGUGAAAUGGAUCUCUUUUUGAAAUUUUACAUUUACUAUAGUGUUACUUUGGGAAUUAUACAACUGUUUUUGAUCUAGCAAAUAUUAGGUGGGUUACUCUCCGGUCAGGAAUCCUGGGGGUGUAAUCAAAGUAAGAAUAAUGGAGUUGAAAUCUAAUUUGGGAAGUAGAUACAUACUGAAGCACUUGGAAGAGUAUUGUUCCAACUCCCAGUUCAAACAGAUCAGACUGAACUAAAAUUUAUUACACAACUGGAACCUGGCAUUUUCCUGCUUCAGUUUCUUAUAUUCAUACAUUUAAAAAUGUAUAAAUUUGUAUGAAUAUGAGAAACCGAAGCAGGAAGAUGGAGGUUGAGCAAGCAAGCUGCAAAAUGUAGGUCUAUUCCAUGGAAUCCUAAAAGCCCCAACUUGAUGAAAGGCAAGGCACUGUUCCUUGGGCUUAUGUUGAAAUAGUGGAAAAGGCAACAACUAGAGAGGUUGGAGCAAGUGGAGAAUUAAUGUGACAGGAAACUGGAAGCUCAGGAUCAUCCCAGCUGAAUUAACGGAGUUGUUCUGCAACACAAUCACCCAGUGUGUUUGGUUUCUCCAGCACACAGUAACCACAUUGUGAAUGCCAAGUGCAGUACUAGAUUGAAAAAGCAAGUGAACUGCUCCUUCUUCUGUUUGGGGCAGCACGGCAGCGUAGCUGUUAGCGCAAUGCUUUACAGCACCAGCUGUAAGAUCAGGAUUCGACUCCUGCCACUGUCUGUAAAGAGCUUGUACUUUCUCUCUGUGACCAUGAGGGUUUUCUCCAGGUGCAUUUCAAAGAUGUACGGUUAGGACUAGUGAGUUGUGGCUAUGCUCUGUGGUUCAAUGAGCGUGCUGUCACUUACGAGCUGCCCAACACAAUCCUCACUGAUUUGAUUUGAUGCAAACGUCGUAUUUUACUGUUUCGAUGUACACGUGACAAAUAUAGCUAAUCUUUAUCUCCGGGUCCUGGACCAGUUAGACUGCAGUCAGAUACGGGCCAAUUUGGGCAAAGACAACAGAUUUCCUUUCCCGAAGACAAUCGGUGAAGCAGAUGUUACUUUAUAAAUGAAAACUGGUAACAAAAUGGAUAUUAUUACUACAGGUUUUAAAAGAAAUCCAGAUUCAAGGUCACAUUAUUAAUUUGAACAGAAAAUUAUUGGUUCAAGUUGAUGUGUGCAUUA